GUAUUUUAAGAGUACAAUUUUUUGCUUCAUCCAUUUCAGACGCCAUGAAGUGAAAUGAUUGUGAAAUAGCUUCAUAAUAAUGAUAAUAAUAAUAUUUAUCUGCCUCCAGGACCCGAGCUGAUAAGCAGAAGAAAAUGGAUGGAUAAUUAUAAUCAUAAUAUUAAUAUACAAGCAGCUAGAAAUCAAUGUACUGGAUAGUUGGCUGAAGUGUUUGAAAGUAACAGAUUAAGUGUCAAAAAUCUAAACGAGAAAAGUUGAUUUCAAGAAGUUGUUCAUAAUAGAGGAGAAAAGAGGAUUAACUUUUGAUUGGAUUGGAUUAACCUGUUAAAUAUGGAUUAAUAAAGACAUUUAUUAAUUUAUUUCAUAUUGAAUUGAUGUGAUGAGCUCUAGCUCUCUCUCAUUGAAUGUGUGACUCUCACAGACACAGCUUCUCCUCAUUUCUUGUCUAAAGAAAAUCAGCUGCAGGAUCUUAAAGAGCAUUUCAUUCAUUUCUCACUUCCCGGAAGCUCCUUUCCUGUUUGGACGGGCACAGGUGAACCAGUUUAAAUCCCACUGGCAGCCACUGGUCUGGACUCCAGCUGGUCACAACUGCAGCUUCCGCACACAUGAGCCCCGACAUCCUGGAGACUCUCAGGGGACACAUUUGUCUUCACUGUGUGAGACAUGUCACGGUUCUGUCUCUAUUCUAUUGAUUUUGAUUCAUCACAACAGGCACAGGAGGAAACUCGACCAUUUAAAACCUGCAAACAUUCAAGCACCAGUGGAAUUCCAUUGUUUCCCCAAACUGUGUAUUUAUUUGUGUGGUCCCUGUGGUUUGAGUUGUUUGUCACUGAAUACACAGUCACUCCAACCACAGGAGUCACAUGAUCUGCUCUGUGCUCAUUCCAUGAAUUCUCUCUUUUCUUCAUAUCUGUCAUAUUUAAUCAGUUUUUUAUAUUCAGUUGAUUCUGUCUCUUUGGAACCUGUCACUACACAGGACCUUUCUUUACUCGAUGUGUCAACUUGGAUGCGUCAAAUAGGAAGUCGUCCUUGUGUAAGAUUCAUUUCCAUCUCUGAAUCAUUUAUGAAAUGUGUUGUGAGCAGCUGUUUUUAAGAAUGAAAAAAGUAGAAGUUCCUCUGAACCCACUCUGAUGACUCACUGGUCCUGAGGGGAAGUGGCCGGCUGCACAUUGUGCCCUGACGUCCUUACUGGGGACAUCAGUGUCAUCAGCUCUGUGUGUGUGUGUGUGUGUGUGUCUGUGUGUGUGUGUGAGUCUGAAUAGUGUUCACCUCUGGACAGGAACAACAAUUAUUCUAAAGUGUUUGGCAGCGGCAGUAACAGGAAGCUACUCUCACAGAGACUUGAUGUAUAUUGGUUUCCCGGAGCACACAGGGGUGUUAUUCUGGUUUUUAUUCUGGGACUUCCCGUCGGUUGAUCAUUUGUGUUUGUGUGUGGACGCGCGGCAGGAGAUGGAGCAGCGGUCGUGCACGGAGGAUCGGAUCCAGCACCUCCUGGAGCGCUGCCUCUGCGACCUGGGAGUCGACACUCCGGACAAACAGCUCUGGAACGCCGGGCUGUGCAUGAACCGCUGGUGUUUGGAGGAACUUGUGAAGAGAGAUCCACACAACUUCCUCAUCCUUCUGCAGAACAUAGUCGGGAAAACAAAAGAGGUUCUGGAGCGGUGUCAGUAUGAGCUGGUGGUUCCUCUCUCGCUCUUGUUCUCCUCAACCCUCCUCAAAGCUCCGUACGUGGCUCCGGACUGGGACGUGCUGUGGGAGGCCUACCUGCUCUUCCACAGCUUCCUGUCCUGGCCCGAGCCGUGCAGCUCCGCCAGCAAGCGCCUGCUGAGGGUCAUGCAGCAGGAGCUCAGAGCACCAGGUAUUUCAUUUCAGAGGCUGGUGAGGGCCGAGCAGGGGCUUUCCACCGAGAUCCACAGAUCUAAAAUCAUGACGGUGCUGUUAGUGAGUCCAGAGGAGGACGUCCCUCCAGAGGUCCAGCUCGUCUCCGAGCAGCUGAGCAGCUCCCAGUCCUCCGACAGGGACGUCCUCACCACCCUCAUCCAGCACAGCUUCCAGGCGGUGCUGGGCACCAAAUACGAUCUGCAGGAGCUUCACGCCGCCCUGCAGACGAAGCGGACCGAGGAGCUGGAGCAGCUCCUGCAGGAGGUGACGGAGAACAUGGAGAUGGCAGCGUCAGCAGCAGACUCCAGCUCAGUGAGGCAGAGGCUCCUGAACAACAUGGAGAGGAUCAGAGAAGGCCUCGCUCCUCCUGCUCCUGGCUGCACGCACACUGGUUCUGUUGAAACCUUCGCGCUGCCCUUCCCCAAAUGUCACACGUGUUCUUGGGAGAACGACAACUUUGACUUUCUGAACGAAAUCCUCACAAGUGAGUCGGACGUGGAUUCGACCACCGACUGUUUCCUGAAAGCAGGGCUAGACGAGGACUAUAAAUACGACACCAGUGUGGAUGAGGAAGAAGAGGAGGAGGGAAGCAAAGUGGACCAGGACUUUCCAAACCACCGCAUCUCCACCACGUCCUCGUCCUCCAGGGACUCCAUGUUUUCCAGCCACUCCCUCUCCUCCAGCUGGUCCGUGCCGUCCGCCUCAUCCGGCGUGGAGAGUGACUUCAGCGAGGACCCGGGCCUCGAGGACCCAGAGGAGGGACAGGACAGCCAACCGAAACCUCGGAAGAAACCCAAGAAGAAGUCCAAGUCCCUGUUAGGCAUGGAGCGCAUCUCCAUGCUUUUCAAGAACCCCCGCAGCCCCAGCACCUGCCGCCGGGUCCAGAGCAUGGGUUAUCAUAGUGACUUAACCAAAGACGUUCAAAGAAGCGGGUCGAGGCUCAAACUCUCCAGGUCCCUGUCCAGACAGGCGUCCAUCUUUACCUCCGAUCCCCUGUCCCCCCAGAAGCAAGUGUGUGUCCGCAGGAGGCCGAUCCUGAGCUGCGACGGGGCCGAGGGGCCCACCCUGGUCCGAGUGGUGGUGUUCGGGGGGGACAGGGAGGCCGGCCGGCUGGCCAGGGCGUACAACGACCUGCAGCAGAAAGAACGCAAGUGUCCCCGACUCACCAAGAAGUGCAAACUGCAGUUCUACUUUGUCCCGACCAAGAGGAGAAGCUCGCGGAGCCCAGGAGGAAACACGCCGACCGAGGGCCCGACAGGAAGUUCAACCAAAGCUGCCGCGUCCGUGGAGUCUAGUGACGUGACGCUGGAGGACAGUACCACCCACGUGGCCCAGAUGUUGGGCGCCAUGGAUCCGUGGUACGAGCGGAACGUCCUCAGUCUUCUCAGCUUGUCCUCCGACGUCCUCUGUCAGACUGGCUGUAAAGACACUGACGUCUCAGAGGGAAGCGGCAGCGUGGAGCGUCUUCCUCUGCUGACCCAACUGGUGCUUUACUACUGCAGACAUGCAGACCAGCCUGUUCUGGUGCCGCUUUACCAGGCAGAGCUCACCCUGGUUGGAGGAGAGAGGAGAAAGGAGGUGUUUGUUCAUUCUCUGGAGCUCGGCCACUCGGCUGGAGCCAGAGCUGUUAAAGCCAUGGGAUCCGCCAGCAAGAGGUUUGGAAUCGAUGAGGAGCAUGAGGCUGUCCCUUUGACUCUGAGCGUCUCCUACAACAGGGUGGCAGUCAGCGGCAGGAGCCAGUGGAUCGACACGGAGAUCAUCUGCACAUCCGUUAAUCUUCAGAAAGCCUCCAAGAAGCCUGAGCAUCUCUGUGACGAUUCAAGGAUAGAGACUCUGCAGCUGACGAUGACAGAGGUCACGAAGAGGAACUGCUCCAAGUCGAAGAAGUGCCACAACCAGCACAUCUCGGUAUCAGAGGUGAAGGUGGACAAGGUGCAGGUGAGCGGUGGAGACGAUGGCUCCACCUUCGCCGUGUGUCUGGAUCAGGAUGAGAAGAAGUUCAUCCAGAGCGUGACCAGGUGUGACGUGUCUCUGUGCUGUAAACCAGGAAGCAGCUCGGACUGGAGGUCGUACAAGCUGCUCCCAGGUCAGGUUCAGCCUCUGCACCCGUCCUACUGCUCCCUGCUCUGCCUCCCCAUCACCUCCUUCUCCGCCUCCUGACACCGCGGGGGGGUCAAACACUGCAGGGAUCCUCACACAGCUCAACACUCCUGAAGAACAUCUGGAAAUGAAAGCACAGAAGAAGUGGCACCAAUGUUAAUAAUAACAACGAUGACAUUUAUAGCCUAGUGUAUAUUUCAGGUUUGUCCUGUAGCUGAUGUCAGAGUGUGUUUCACCAGGAGGAGGAGGAGGAGGAGGAGGAGGAGGAGGAGGAGGAGGAGGAGGAGGAGGAGGAGGAGGAGGAGGAGGAGGAGGAGGAGGGUGUUUCUCCUCUGCAGCUUUUAUCUAUAGAAGAAGACUCAUUAACUGUGUGUUAAUUCAUGUUAUUAAUGAUGUUGAAUGAAGGAUUUCUCAGCAGAACUUUGAGAGACAUCAAACUUAUUACUUGAUUACGACUGUGUACGUUGCGUUAAAUCUUAUUUUUUAAAGAAAUGUCUUAUUUAUUUGUUAAACGAUACCGGAAACAGUUGUGUUUUCAUUUCAAUUUGUUUGAAUGUGGCACACAAUCGAAUAAAAGAGUUUCCUGUG